AUGGCUUCAAAGAUCACUUCUUCCGGCCACGUUGAGUCGGCGGGUAGUAAACUCUACUUCGAAAGAGAAGGAAACCCUGAGGGACGGUCGAUCCUAUUCAUCCACGGUCUGGGAGGCACUACGAACGCUUAUCAGAUCCUCGUCUCGGAUUUACAAGACUAUGAUCUUGUGCGCUUCGACUGGGCUGGUCACGGUCGCAGUAGCACACCCGCAUCAACGAGCAUCAGUUCGUAUGUGAAAGACUGUGAAGCCAUAAUUCAACACCUCAACCUAAAAGACGUUGUCGCUGUUGGUCAUUCAUUAGGUGGCCUAGUCGCACUGCAUCUUGCAAGUCAAAGACCAGACGUUAUCAAAGACUUAGUCCUGUUCGGCCCUGUGCGAGCACCCCCACCGGAAGCCGGACAAAAAGGCCUCACAGCACGUGCUGAGCUUGUUCGAAAGAGUGGGAUGGUCGCCGUUGCCGACACAAUUGUCAGCAACGCGUUCGCGGCCGAAUCCUUCACCAAGAGAAAGGCCCAGGUCGCGCUAGCCAGAGAGAUGCUGACAAGGCAGGACCCCGAGGGUUAUGCUCUGGCGAUUGAGUCCUUGAUCAAUGGCUCGCUACCGACUUGGGAAUCAAUCAAAGCCAGAACUUGGGUGGCCAGUGGCGUUGAGGACAAGGUGAGCACGGUGGCGGCUGGCGAAAGCACCGUCAAGGACAUUGGAAGCCAUGCACAACAAGUCACAUUCCGGAGCGUCGGGCAUUGGCACAUGCUAGAGGACCCUGAUGAGUCAGUCAGUUUAAUCAAGAAAGCUGCCUCGUGA